AUGAACAGCAUUCAAGUCAAGAAUGAACCCAUGCUUGCGUCGUUUGCGUCGACCUCGACCAAUGGAAAGGCAAAACGUUCAGCCAAGCCAAGUCUCUUCAGCGGUAGUGAAGUGAGCUCCGACGACGACGAAGAGAAGCCUCUCGCCAAAAGGCCAAAGGUAGAGGACAGUGACAGCGACGCUCCUCUUACCUCGACCGUCUCAUCGCAGAAUGGCGUCCAAAAACGCAGCGGCAGCAGCAACAACGAUGACAACGAUGACGACUCAGACUCGGAUUCGGACGCGCCACUCACAGCCCUCGUCAAGAAGAGCAACGGUAGUGAUGAUGACGAAGACGAUGACGACGAUGACGACGAAGGCGACGACGACGACGAAGAAGACGACGAUGAUGAUGAUGAUGAUGACGAUAAACCAUUGAGCAAAUCGUCCAAGUCGAAUCGAAAGCCCCCCAAGACCAUGUCCAUCACCGGCUCAGGUGAAAAGAAGUGGGACGUACUCAUCCACAAGGGUCCCCGCUUCCCCGAUCCAUAUCAACCCUUGCCCAAGGAUGUCAAGCUCAAGUACGACGGGAGGCCAGUUGAUCUGCCAUGGCAAACCGAAGAGAUCGCCAUGUUCUAUGCCGUCAAACUCGAGACACAACAUGCCCAAAAUGCUAUCUUCAACCGCAAUUUCUUUGACGAUUUCAAGACGGAUCUCAAAAAGUAUCCCCCUAGAGAUGGCACACAGAUCAAGUCCUUCGACAAGCUCGACUUCCGUGAUAUGUACAACUACUGGCGCAGUCUCAAGGAUGCCGAGCUCGAACGCAAAAAGGCUUUGGCUCCCUCGGCACGCAAGCGCGAGAUUGAAGAGCGCAAGGCCGAAGAGACCAAGUGGAAGAUCUGCCUCGUUGAUGGCGUCGAGCAGCGUGUGGGUAAUGUCAAUGUCGAGCCUCCCGGUCUCUUCCUCGGUCGCGGUGCGCAUCCUAAAGCAGGCAAGGUCAAACGUCGCAUCUCGCCCGGCGACAUUACCAUCAACCACAGUGCAGAUCAUCCUGCUCCACAGCCUCCGGCAGGCAUGGGUGAUUGGGCCGAAGUCGUCGAAAAAAAGGACGUCACCUGGCUCGCCUACUGGAAGGAAAACAUCAACGGCCAGUACAAGUACGUCUUCCUCGACGCCACUUCCAACUUCAAGACCAACUCGGACCGUGAAAAGUUUGAAAAGGCGCGAAAGCUCGACACAGUUGUUAAACAGAUUCGUCGCGACGUCAACAAGAAUCUCAAGUCCAAGGUGCGACACGAACGACAGAUCGCCACCAUCGUCUGGCUGAUCGACAACUUUUCGCUGCGUGCCGGUAACGAGAAGGGCGAAGAUGAGGCCGAGACGUACGGCGUCUGUUCGUUGCGUUGCGAGCACGCACAGAUCAAGAUGCCCGACACCAUUCACCUGGAGUUCCUAGGCAAAGACUCGAUGAAGUUCGAAGAGGAUCUCAAGAUCACCAAUCCUGACGUCUUCAAGAACAUUGCCAUGUUUCUCAAGAGCAACGGCAUGAAGGACAAGAGUGGCAACUAUGUACGCAAGAAGCCUUCGGAUCCCAUCUUUUGCGCUCCCGAGUCCGGGAGCGGCAAGAUGCAGCCGCUUCAGCCGAACUCGGUCAACCAGUUCCUGUCCAAGUACAUGAAAGGCUUGAGCGCCAAGGUCUUCCGUACCUACAAUGCUUCCGUCACAUUCCAGGGCUUGCUCGAGCAGACCGAAGAAUGGCUCAAGUCACGGCCCAACGCAGCCGAGCGCGAGAUCAACCAGACCAACCUGCGUCUGGCCUACAACGAAGCCAAUCGACAGGUGGCCAUCCUGUGCAACCAUCAAAAGACGGUGAACCCUAUGUUACUCAACCGCAAUCUUGAACGUACGCAGGACAAGAUCUUCCAGAUCCGCUACGAGAUCAUGAAGGAGCAGCAGAAGAUCCUGACCUUCCACAAAGUCAGCGAGUUGAAAAAGGAGUUCAAGGUCAAAGAGCACCCUUUCAUGAAGCAGUUUGACAAGAUCAUGCAGAAGCAGGAUCUGGACGCCGAAAAAGUCAAGCAGUACGAGGAGCAGAUGAUCUCAGAUAAAAAGUCCAAGCUCGAGUCGACUUUUAAGCGCCAGCAGUCCGAGCUGCAGUACCAGCUGGAACAGAAAGGUCUCACCGGCGACGACGGUACACCCAAAAAGGGCAAGAAGGCCAAAAAUGUCGAAGAGGAGGUGCGAUCGUCGAUCAAGGGCUUCAAGGACAAGAAGCAGGUCGACGAGGAGCUCAAAGCGCUCAACGAGACGGCUAAACGACUUGAAAAGGAACGCAAGACCAACAAGUCGCAAGCCACCAGCUGUAACUUUGUCAGUUCGGCCAAGAAGAUCCUAAGCAAGUAUGAGAUGAUCAAGAAGCAAGAGGCGGAGCUGGUCAACAAGAACAAUACAUCGGAUGUGGCGCUGAGCACGUCCAAGCUCAACUACAUUGAUCCUCGUAUCACGCUCGCUUGGCUCAAAGAAUGGGACGACCGUCUUAGCGAUCUCGGGCAGGGCAAGGCUGCACCCAAGAAGAAGGUCAAGAAGGAGGAGGAAGAAAACGACAUCAAGCCCAAGAAGAAAGACGCCAAGGGCGCCGCUAGCAAGAAGAGAGCCGCCAAGACAGGUCUUGCCAACUCGACGGGCGACAGCGAGAAGAUGGAACUUGGGUUGCAGGUGAUGAAUAUCAGUCAGUUCUUUGCUAAUGCGCUGCAGAAGAAGUUCAAGUGGGCUGCUUCGGGCGACGACGGCCGCGACAUUUCGGCCAAGUGGGUCUUCGUCAAGGAUGCCCAGUCCAAGAUGCGCAAGCUCGACUCUGCUGAGCGCAAGGGCCAGAAGGGCGGUUCGAUGGCAGCCAUGACAGAUGCCGCCGACUCGAAGGAGGCGCAACCCAAAGUCAACUGUGUUCUCAAGAAGCAGACCUCUGCGGACCGCAAGAUGAGCAAGCCGAUCAAGGCGGUGGACAAGACCGAAGAGAGCGAUGACGAUUUAAGCAGCGAUAGCAGCGAUGACGAAGAUAAGCCGCUUGCCGCUGUAGUUUAG